AUGCUGGUCUCUGCGCUCCUUGUUGCUUCGUGCAUUUCCCACGUCAUUGGCAGCGCUUUGCCUAACGACCACAUCGUCGCCGACCUCGUUACGCGCGAAAACCCUGGUGAAGGGAUCCAGAUCAUCAACGAUGAUCCUUGGCUGAAAGAACUCGGGAAUAAACUUAAAAGACGUCAAGAUGGGAAUAAUUUCCCGUACAUCGAAGAAAUACGCAAGCUGCUCAAGAGCGGCUGUCAAAUCCACGGCCAGGCGCCACCAGCAGGGGAAGUCGAUCCUGUUCAAACAGACAAUGAAUGCAAGCUAGGCUGCGGUGGAUAUUGCAAUCCUGGAGCAACCUAUACACACUCUCUUCUCAAGGAGGUCAAGGAGGUCAAAGUCACUAGUAAUCCACAUAUUGAUGAGGUCUUCGAAAACCCAAACGCCGACCCUCUGGACAUUGAGGUCAAAAAAGGAACUGCAGAAACACACGGGUCCACGAAGGGUUGGUCCAUUGGGUUGGAGCUUGGUGGGAACAUUGCUGGGACCCAUGGCCCUCUGAGUGCCGUAUUUUCGGGCCAGCGUACGCAGUUGACGCAGGAGUCAAGAACCGAGACCGUCGAAGUCACCUGGAAGGGCAAAUGCCCCCCUCGCACGGAAUGCCGGGUCAUAACCAUGACCUUUCAACUCACCGUCCAGGGCCUGUGCGACAAUACGGGAUACGUCUACUGCUUGACUGGACACCCAACGAAGAGAGAUAUGUGUGGCAACGACAAAUACAACCUCCUCAAAUGUUUCUGCCCGGAACUGCAGAACAGACUCAACGAACUAUGCCCCCCAGGGCAAAAACCCUGCACGAUUGUCUUCCCACUCACAAAGCCGGAAGGCGGCCUUCGCAGUGUGCAAUUCAUACAAGAAGUCCCUCUCAAAGCUUAA